CAGCUAAAAUUUGAGAUUCUGUUCUCCUCGUGAUCUCGUUCGGGCCCUCUCCUUUAACCCGCCCUUUACUCCUCCCAAGUCUACUCUUCCUCUCCCUCUCACAAUAUGUAUCGUGCCAACACGCGCACACAAACAAACAGGUUUCGACAGUGGUAGAAAACAGAGGAAGGAAGGAAGGAAGCAUUUCAACAAAUGGCUUACGGGAGAGUCGUCCUCCUGCUGCUUCCGUUCGCGUUGCUCUUCGCCUCCUCACUCUGUGGCUCUCCGACCAUUGCGCCUGAGAGAAAGGGCAUCGAGAUCAGCAUCGGCGUCGGAAUUGGAAUUGGCGUCGGCAAUGACAGCGAAGCCCCACCGCCCUCGUCGUCGCCUCAUCCCAGCGAAUUCCUCAAUGUCAAGCAGUACCAAGCGUACCUUGUGAUCCAGCAGUUCAAGAGCAUCAUCACCAGCGACCCCGGCGGCGUGACCCAGUCCUGGGUCGGCCCCCGGCCUUGCGACUACCAGGGGUUUUACUGCGGUGCGCCGGAGGACUCCCCCGACGAGCCGACCAUCGCUGCCGUCGACUUCAACGGUUACAGCCUCAGCGCCCCCACCGUGGUUGGCUUCUUGGACCAACUCCCCGACCUCGCCUUCUUCCACUCCAACUCCAACAACUUCUCCGGCCCCAUCCCCGACCUAUCCGGGCUACGGUACCUCCGUGAGCUCGACGUCAGCAACAGCGCCCACACCGGCGACUUCCCCGCGGCCGUCCUCUCUCUCUCCAAUCUCAUCUUCCUCGACAUCCGCUUCAACCUCUUCGCCGGCGCUGUCCCGGCCUCCGUCUUCAUCCUCGACCUCGACGUGCUGUUCCUCAACAACAACAAUCUCAACGAGCCACUGCCGGCCGAAAUCGGAAGCUCACCAGUCGCAUACCUUACCCUGGCCAACAACGGCUUCACUGGCCCAAUUCCACAGUCGAUAUCCAAAGCUUCGAAAACCCUAAUUGAGGUGCUCCUCCUCAACAACAAUCUCUCCGGCUGCUUGCCUCAGGAAAUUGGAUUGCUGAGUGUCGCGACGGUCUUCGACGCUGGAUCCAACUGUAUCACGGGGCCGAUUCCCUGGUCCUUUGGCUGCCUCCUCAAGGUGGAGCAGCUCAACCUGGCGGAGAAUCUGCUCUACGGCGAGGUGCCAGAUCUGGUGUGCCGGCUAGCGACGGACGGCAACUUGGCCAAUCUAUCUCUCUCGGGAAACUACUUCACCGGGCUCGGACAUUCCUGCUGGGGCUUGAUCGAGGCGGGAGUGCUGGAUGUGCGGCAGAAUUGCAUACUAGGUCUGCCGGAGCAGAGGCCGCCGACGGACUGCGCGCGCUUCAUGUUGCGGCGAAAGUACUGCCCCUUCCGGUACGAGGUGCCGUGUUGCCUGUCGACGUGCGCGGUGAAGCCGGUGGCGCCACCGCGGUACGUGACGUACGAGGCGCUUCAUCAGUCGCCCCGAAAUUAGCUCUUUAUCACUCGGUCAAUCUAAUUAAUUAAUUUCGGAUUAAUAACUUAACAUGAAUGUCUGGCGGAAAUAAAUUGAUCUUUUACAUUA